AUGGCACAAGUGAAAUUUAAUAAUGAAUAUGCGGGAGUGUAUGAUAUAUGUUUUGGCUCUAAUGAACACCCACGUAAUAUUCAUAACUGCUGCCCUUCUUUUGGAUCAAGUUUCGAAGGCGACUUAGAUUUGGAAUUUUUUUCUAAUCUCCAACAAAUCAUAAUUUGUAAUCUCUAUAAGCUCAACGAUGUCAUAAAUAUAGAUAUUAGUAAAAAUGAAAAGUUCAACAAAAUAGUAAUAACGGAAAGUAACGAUAUGAACAAAAAUCAACUUUGUUUUAAAGUUAAAGAAAUACAACUUGAUAGAAUAAUCGUAUCUUAUAAAGUUUUACACAAUAAUGCAUACCUACCAAAAUUGGAAUCUUUAAGAAAACAACCAUUUAUACCAUAUAU